UAUUAAUUGUACUUAAUGUCAAGUAUCUUUAGGUGGAUUUUGACCAUUCUUACUUCUAUAUUUUUCUCCAAUUUAGUCAGGCACAAUGUUUGAGAAAGAAGACAGCCGCGACCUUAAGACUCUGACUCACGGGGUAAAUCCCUCGGAGUUCAUACGGACAGAUGUUUUCAGAAUACUUAACUAGUUAAAAAAUGUCCAUAACGUACAGUAUGGAGCAGCCAGACAGUCUGGAAGGCUGGAUAGCGAUCAAGGAGACGCCGUUCGAUGAUCCGGACGCCAGGACUCGUCUGAAGUUUCUCGUAGGCUGGAACAACGCGGAGAACAAACUGGCCAUAACUUGCCACAACGUCGCCAAGUGUAAGAAGCGCAGUUCGGACGACGAUAGAAGUUGGGCCGGGAUGUUUUCCUUCCAAGACAUCCGUCAUGCACAUCAGCAGAUGUCUCUGGUUUAUCCCCAACUCGAACCGUACCUUCCAGUGAUGCCUGAAGAGAUGUCAACCCUCUGGGGCUACCUUAACUACUACAUGGGGACGUAUAAUAAUGAUACUGAAGUGUCCGAGACAGUUGUCAGUGAUGUAGAAACAUACCUUAGGGUCGCCCUGGACGUUUGUGGAAAGAAACUUGUUGUGGACACACUGUUCAUGGAAGACUCCAGCACGGACGCCUACUUCGAAAACUUGAACGACUUAAAGAGAAGAGGAUACGAGGAUGCAGUGAGUCGAGCUGCAGACCAUCUUAAAGAGGUGCUUGCCCUGCGGGCAGGCUCUAUCAACAUGCUGGACAUGUUAGGUGUGUACGAGCUGGAGGGUACAGCUGUGGAGGACCUACUGUUGGCCAUGGUAGAACUCUUCCACUACAACCUGCAGCCUUUCCUGGAUGUCAGGGAGGUGGCCUUCAUCAAAAGACAGGAGUUGCAAGAACUGGUGCAGGACCCAGACAUUGGGGAAGGUCGGAGGUCACAGUAUGUUAAGGAGUACAAUGAAUGGCAGACACAAUAUGAGACAGCCACAGAUGCCAUUCUACAGCUGCAGAUCAAAUACUUCAGUGAAUGUGUUGAUAUUUCAACAGGGAUGAAGGAGAGAAUGCUGGCAGACAAACAGAAGUUUGGGAAGGCCACCUGGGAUCUCCAUGCCUCUGGUAGACUGAACAGGAUAGAAGAGAAAGUGUCUGGGGAUACGUUACAGAUGCUCAGGGCAAAGGAGAAACAGUUCCAGACACUGAGGAGAAAAAUCAAGCAAGAGAUGGCUUUCCUUGAGGAGGGAACAAACCUUAAGUUAGAGCUAGAGAAGCUGGAACAGAAGUACUACUCCAUACAGAUCAAACUGUACGAUGUGCAGCUGAAGGUCAUGGAGGAAGAGGAAGCCUUGUGUAGGAAACAGCUCGGGGUCAUUCAGAAAGAACUGAAAGAUGAAGAAGACACUGUGAUGUUCUAUGACGCCUGUGAGACUCCAGAAGACCUAGAGGACGUUGACCUUCCUCAGUUCAACAACAGUCAGGCUGACCCCCGUGUCACACAGCUCAAAAUAACUCUCAACAAAAUCUUCAGGAAAAGGGCCUUCAUCAGAAAUAACAAGAAAAUGCUCAUCAGACAGAAGCAAGAUGAAGAAGAUGCAAAGAGGCAGCAGCAAGAUGAUGUUACCAGGCACCAUGCCAUACAAAUGAAAAGAGAUCAGCAGAAACAAGAAGAAGAGAACAGGAAGGAAUGGAGGGACAGUGAGAGACAGAAGGCUCUGGAUAGACUAAAGAAUUACAAGAAGAAGUACCCCUCCCCUGUAACCAUCAAGCCACCCCGGUACCAGGCACCUGGUCAGAGGAAGCGCACAGGGAGUCAACCCAAGGAAACAGUGCAGAGAACUCGAAAGAAAAGUCCCAGCUCCAAAAGUGGCCAGGCCAAUGUUGUGGCAUCUAAAUCAAACAACAAACCAACAGAUGGGUCCUCAACCACCUCCAUGGUUACUCCACCUGCACCCCCUCCCCCACCACCUUAUCCACCCCCUGGGUGUACCUUACCCCCACCACCUCCACCACCUCCACCCUCUCCACAGCAGCCACCCCCUCCCCCUCCCCCUCCUCCUCCGCCUGGCCUCCAAACCCCAGCUGGCUUCCAGCCCAAACUAAAACCCAGGAAAAACAGUGACAGAACGAAGCAAGAACAGAAAACUCUGGGAUCGAUUGAUCCCAAGGAUAUUGUCGCUGCAAGGCAACACUUAAAGAAACCUCCUGAAGAAACAAGGUCUGGAAAUCUGCAAGGCGGAGGUGACCCCAUGACAAACGUCCUGGCCCAGCUGAAACUCGGCAUUAAGCUGAAGCCAGUUCAGCGGUCCGAGGAGUCAAACGUCACGUCCCUGUCUGACAGCAACGCCAAGCUGCUGACCGAGGCUUUAGACAGGAUCAAACGGAGAACAGAGACUCCUUCUGAUGAUGAGGACGGAGUCGACGACUUGGACGAAUGGGAGUCCAGUAAUUAA